AUGAAUACCUCAAGAACUUUUGCUUCUUUCCUUGUCCUUUUACUCGCUUUUGUCUCUUCAGCGAAUGCUCAUUUUAGGUUCGUAUACCCUCCAAACAGAGGGGCUGGAGGUGAAUUGUCAGCCCAAUCUCCUUGUGGAGGAUUUAAUGAAGUAAACCUUACUACCAUAACCGAAUUUCCUAUAAAUGGUGAUGUUCAUGGCAGGUUCGGCGAUCCUGCGAUUGGUACAAUUAUUUACAGCUACGCACCCACUUCUAAUGAUACUUUCAUGCCAGUUUCAGAAAAUAUCACGAUCGACUUUGGCGAUGAUCUCACCUAUCCACGGUUCCUUGAUACAACACUUGAUCUCACAAAAGGUGGUGCCAAAGUUGGUGAUCAAGGUGUGCUUCAAGUUCUUAUGCAAUCAACCAAGAUAACUCAGUAUCAAUGUGCAGAUAUCAAAAUUACGGAAGUUACGAUUAAACCGCAAGGAAAUGCUUCUACUCAAGCUGAACCACCUAAAUCCGAUGGAUUUAUUGGAACCUCUGUACAUUUUGUCAUCACGUCAUAUAUAAUUGCUUUCACCACUUUGAUGGUUCUUUAA